CCCUUAGUAUCCCCUGACUUACCUGUUGGACAGGUAGGGGGAAGGGGAGAGUAAUGAGUCUCACCUGCUCAGAGCAAGGGUGGGGCAAGACACACCCCAUCCCUUCCAUUGGUUUUUUCCUUAGUCUUACUGACAGCCCCUUGUCCAAUCAGGAGGAAGUAACUUUCUAUCUGCCAAUAGGUGCAGUGUUAGGAUGAGACCUCAAGUUAGAGUCCAUCCCUAGAGCCGACUGGCAGUCCCUGGGGCCAAUGGCAAGCGGAUAAACAGAGGCGGCCGUGGAAGAGGACUGGAGGCUAGGCUCCGCCCCUCGACGGGACAGUCAGGCGAGACAGCCAGUGAGCUCGCACCAGAGGGUGGGCGUCUCCCCCAGGGGCGGAGCUUCGAGGUGGCGAGGGGCGUGGCUUGGCUGUCAGGUCUCUUUGCCUUUUGUUCGGUUACUGAGUUGCUGCCUUGGCCAGAGUCCGGAGCAGCCGCCGCCCGACCGCGCCGAGCUCAGUUCGCUGUCUGCGCCGGCUCCCACCCCGGCCCGACCCCGACCCAGCCCGGCCAGGCCCCAUACUCAGGUGCGGGCGAUCGGGAGCAGUAGCCACAAUGGAGGUGAUGAACCUGAUGGAGCAGCCUAUCAAGGUGACGGAGUGGCAGCAGACGUAUACCUACGACUCGGGUAUCCAUUCGGGCGCCAACACCUGCGUGCCCUCUGUCAGCAGCAAGGGCAUCAUGGAGGAGGAUGAGGCCUGCGGGCGCCAGUACACGCUCAAGAAGACCACCACCUACACCCAGGGGGUGCCCCCCAGCCAAGGUGACCUGGAGUACCAGAUGUCCACAACAGCCAGAGCCAAACGGGUGCGGGAGGCCAUGUGCCCUGGCGUGUCAGGCGAGGACAGCUCGCUGCUGCUGGCCACCCAGGUGGAGGGGCAGGCCACCAACCUGCAGCGACUGGCCGAGCCAUCCCAGCUGCUCAAGUCGGCCAUCGUGCAUCUCAUCAACUACCAGGACGACGCUGAGCUGGCCACUCGAGCCCUGCCCGAGCUCACCAAGCUGCUCAACGACGAGGACCCGGUGGUGGUGACUAAGGCGGCCAUGAUUGUGAACCAGCUAUCAAAGAAGGAGGCAUCGCGGCGGGCCCUCAUGGGCUCACCCCAGCUGGUGGCCGCUGUUGUGCGCACCAUGCAGAAUACCAGUGACCUGGACACGGCCCGCUGUACCACCAGCAUCCUACACAACCUCUCCCACCACCGGGAGGGGCUGCUCGCCAUCUUCAAGUCGGGCGGCAUCCCUGCUCUGGUCCGCAUGCUCAGCUCCCCUGUGGAGUCGGUCCUGUUCUACGCCAUCACCACGCUGCAUAACCUGCUCCUGUACCAGGAGGGCGCCAAGAUGGCCGUGCGCCUGGCUGACGGGCUGCAAAAGAUGGUGCCCCUGCUCAACAAGAACAAUCCCAAGUUCCUGGCCAUCACCACCGACUGCCUGCAGCUCCUGGCCUACGGCAACCAGGAGAGCAAGCUGAUUAUCCUGGCCAAUAGUGGGCCCCAGGCCCUUGUGCAGAUCAUGCGUAACUACAGUUAUGAGAAGCUGCUCUGGACCACCAGUCGUGUGCUCAAGGUGCUGUCUGUGUGUCCCAGCAAUAAGCCUGCCAUUGUGGAGGCUGGUGGGAUGCAGGCCCUGGGCAAGCACCUGACCAGCAACAGCCCCCGCCUGGUGCAGAACUGCCUGUGGACCCUGCGCAACCUCUCGGACGUGGCCACAAAGCAGGAGGGCCUGGAGAGUGUGCUGAAGAUUCUGGUGAACCAGCUAAGCGUGGAUGAUGUCAACGUCCUCACCUGUGCCACGGGCACACUCUCCAACCUGACUUGCAACAACAGCAAGAACAAGACACUGGUGACACAGAACAGCGGUGUGGAGGCUCUCAUCCAUGCCAUCCUGCGUGCUGGUGACAAGGACGACAUCACAGAGCCUGCCGUCUGCGCCCUGCGCCACCUCACUAGCCGCCACCCUGAGGCCGAGAUGGCCCAGAACUCUGUGCGCCUCAACUAUGGCAUCCCAGCCAUUGUGAAGCUGCUCAACCAGCCCAACCAGUGGCCACUGGUCAAGGCAACCAUUGGCUUGAUCAGGAAUCUGGCCCUGUGCCCAGCCAACCAUGCCCCGCUGCAGGAGGCAGCGGUCAUCCCCCGCCUCGUCCAACUGCUGGUCAAGGCCCACCAGGAUGCCCAGCGCCACGUAGCUGCAGGCACACAGCAGCCCUACACGGAUGGUGUGAGGAUGGAGGAGAUUGUGGAGGGCUGCACCGGAGCCCUGCACAUCCUCGCCCGGGACCCCAUGAACCGCAUGGAGAUCUUCCGGCUCAACACCAUUCCUCUGUUUGUGCAGCUCCUGUACUCAUCGGUGGAGAACAUCCAGCGCGUGGCCGCCGGGGUGCUGUGUGAGCUGGCCCAGGACAAGGAGGCGGCCGACGCCAUUGAUGCAGAGGGGGCCUCGGCCCCACUCAUGGAGUUGCUGCACUCCCGCAACGAGGGCACUGCCACCUACGCUGCUGCUGUCCUGUUCCGCAUCUCUGAGGACAAGAACCCAGACUACCGGAAGCGUGUGUCCGUGGAGCUCACCAACUCCCUCUUCAAGCAUGACCCGGCUGCCUGGGAGGCUGCCCAGAGCAUGAUUCCCAUCAAUGAGCCCUACGGAGAUGAUAUGGAUGCCACCUACCGCCCCAUGUACUCCAGCGACGUGCCCCUUGACCCGCUGGAGAUGCACAUGGACAUGGACGGAGACUACCCCAUCGACACCUACAGCGACGGCCUCAGGCCCCCGUACCCCACUGCAGACCACAUGCUGGCCUAGGUGGCCUGGCCCCAGUGCGGUUCCUCAUCUGAGAGGCUCUCCGUGCAGGCGAUGGGGCAAGACAGAAAAGUGCCUGAGCUGGGGAAGCCGGGGCGUGACUUCCUGCUGCACCCCGUGCCUCCAGAGGUCCUCCGUAGGGUCUUUCUUGGGAUAAUGUUCUGCUCCUGCUUUUCUGUCCUGGGCAUGGGUCCAGGGCCUAACACCCCCUCCCCGCCCUUGUGGCCCUGGCCACUAAAGCUUCAGACUCAAGCACCCUUUCUGUUUCCCCCCCAGCAACCCCCCCAAACCCCCAGCCUCCCUGUCUCCAGCUGCCUGGGCCUGGAAGGGCUUUGGUUCCUUCUCUGGGUCUGAUUUUCUCACUGAACUCCACUGACCAGCUGCCCUAAGCCCCCAGGGUCUCCAGGGCCCAGGUUCAAGACCCAACCCCCCGAAAUCCAAAGCUUCUCUUGAAAAGUUCAGGGACCGUCCAGGGGAGAUGGGGAGGAGAUAUGGAGUGAAUCACCUGCUCCAGGAGACGCCGACUUCUCUCUCCAGGAUGCUUAGUUGGCUUUGCCCACCCCUCACUCCCCGGGGAGCUCUGGGGACAGCUCCCUCACACCCCUGUCCCAUCCACACAGCUGCCCUAGCUGACCCUGAGAAGUGCUCUUGGCUGACCCCUCUGGUGUGUGGUGAGGGGCUUUCUCUUCCCCUUCCUGUUUCAGACCCCCCCAUCUCCCGCACAUGGUGUGGGGGGCUGGGGGAGGUCCCAGCAGAGUGUUUUAUUAUUAUCGCUUUAUGUUUUUGGUUAUUGGUUUUUUUGUAUAGACCAAAGCAAAGAAAAUAAAAAUAACACAGAUGC